AAAUGUUUUCAUCCGUGACGUUAGUACGUCAUAAUAACACAGAAUAACACGUGCAACUUGUAAGUCAGUAGUUGGAGUAAUGUUAUAAAGUAUACAAUGAUUUGCAAUUUACAUACGUAACAAGUACUCGUCGCGCAUGCACAUCGAUAAAAUAUUAAACCUGAAUUGUUUUUUCAUAUCUACUCGUUAGUAAUAAAAACGAGAGAAUAUCACCUUACUUUCUAUAAACAAGUAUUCAAAAUAAACAUUCGGCGAAAAUGGCGGGAAAGGAACAGUUCGAUGAAUUUCUAGGUGGAUCUCAAAAGUUACCGAACGAGGUACACAUUAAAAAACUUGUUUCUUCGAGAGCCAGCGAAAUUGCUGCAAUGACGUAUUCUAUUGAGAACCCUCAACAAACGAAACUACUAUUUCAAAAGCUUCCGGUAUAUAUGCGCAGACGAGUAAUGUCUCAUAACGCGAAACGUUUGCCGCGCAGAUUACAGGAGGCACAUUUAAAUCAAAUGACUAAAUCUGGAUUGCCGCCCAAAACUAAAAGACCGUCGCGUAGGUAUCGAAGACGACCACGUAAUUUACUUUUGGAAUACAAUCGAAGGCAAAGAAACAAAAUUUGGUUAGAGACCCACAUUUGGCAUGCCAAACGUUUUCAUAUGGUUGAAAAAUGGGGCUACAGAAUCGCGAGUCACGCGAACGACAAAUGUUUUAGGGCCAACUAUCGCGCUGUCGCGAGACAUUGCUUGAUGCAGGAUAUUUCUUAUUACACAUGCAUCGAAAUAUAUGGCCCAGAAGUAGUUCUAAAGGAAACCUUGAAAGACCAUUGCAAUCCACUCGAAUUAACGUUCGUCGCAAAGAUUUUUAUUAGCGCCGCUCGAGAGGGGACAUUAAUGUUUUUUAAAAAGAACGGCUACCCUCAAUCUCCGAUCGGUUAUGUCCACUUCCUGUGGAGACCAAGUCAUUCUGAUGUAAGGACGAUCUGGAUUUGGGUACAUCCAUCGUUUCUUAAUGAUUUCGUCGUAGAAAUUGUAUCGAGUUUCGAGUUCAAAUCUGACGAUGCUGAUCCUACUUUUACGAGCAAUCAAAUCACAAAAUCCUACUCAUAUGUUAACAAUAAAAAUUGUAAAAUGAUUAUCCAUAAGAAUACUUUAAAUCGAUUUCGAUUUUAUGGCCCGUUAUCGAUAAGCAUCUUAACGAACGUUUUGCGGUUGCCAAAUUUUGAUGAUAAAUUUUCUUCGAUAACGAAUGAUAUAAAUGUAACGCCAUUCGAAAAUAAUCAGAUGGAUUGCGACGAAGAGUUUCAAGAUUCUAAUAAGUCAUGGCAUAUAGAAUAUUAUAACAAUCGAGAAAACAUUGAAUCUUUGAAACUUCAAAAACAGCUGUGGCAAACGUUAAAAACGCUACAGUCGCCUAGUCAAUUGCCACCAAAUAUUGUUCUUGGAUUUACAGUCUUAGAUCCAAGGUUUCACCUACCCGAGAAAAGGUUGAAGCCGCGAAAUGAUAUACGGGUGGCUGAAGUAAUGCCAAUGCCACCUACAAACGCGAAUUCUAGUCCAAUUUGGGAACAAGAGAUAAGACAGAAAGUUAGCAGGGCAUGCGUAACUAUGAGUGCAGUUAACAAGCUCAGGAGCGAGUGUUUAGUUCCUGGUAUAGACAAUGAUAAAUACUUCAAUGAAGAAAUUAUGACCAAGAUUCCCAUAUUGCUAAUUCAGAAACCUGGGAUUGGUAACACAGGUUUAGGUUCUGCCAUAGAUGUCAUUCUUCCAGCAAGUUGGGCAAUGCCAUUCUGGCUUGCAUGUGUAUUCCGUUGCGUGAGAGUUGGUGCACUAAGAGAAUCAAAGUCUAUCGCAUUCGAAUAUGGACAAAUGAAAUCACCAGACAUAAACGAUCCAGAUACACCUGCUUAUACAAGGGAAGCAUUGAGUACUAAAUUAGAAUUGAAAGAAAAAUAUUUUCGCUAUCCACCGAACAGGCGUGUAAAUUUUACAAAGCUUGGAAUUUCUAGUCCCUUCUUCUGCGAAUGGAAAAUUCUAAUGAAAGAAUGGACGAAUGUCGAAGAUUUUUUUGUGUUAAGAAAUCGAACGUUAUUGCAAUCAUUACAAGUAAAUUUAUUGCACGGAGAAGUAAAUCAAAAUAAAUACAAGAAAUCAAAGAACUAUAUACCAAACCCUAAUCUGAACAAUCUAUUUGAAAACAGAAACUGUUUAGUUCGCGUUAAAAUAACCGUUUUACAAAAAGGGUGUCCUAGAAGAUUCGCGUUAAUAUGCAUGCCAAAAAUCGAAGAUGUAAAUAAAUUUAGAGGCAAUAGAAAUUGGUCAGGUCCUGUGGAAAAACUAAAUCAUGACUCGAAUGAAGCUGCUAGAAAAAUAUUGAGAAAAAAACAUUUAUCUCUUCUGAAACGUUUAAAAAGACAAAGAAUACGUCAUAGAAAUGCAUUAACUAAUAAAAUAGAUCAAAUAAUGAACCAAAACUUUCAAAUCUUGAAUCAUGAAAACAAAACAAAGAAAUUAUUAGAAACAAGUCGUGAGGUUGUAUAUACACAAUCCCAAAAAAUGUCACAGUUGGUUCUUCCUGAUUGUGUCAGUGUAAAACAUUCUUGUGACAGAGAAAUCAUGGGAUACAUAACUGCAGCUGAUUUUUCCUUUGCAGAAGCAAAAGGCUAUAUAACUUCGAGCUUCAGUCAGAUGUGAUAAGAUGUAUGUAUAUGCCGCAUUUACACAGAUUAUACUAAACUUUACUCGAAUGUACUACUAAACUAAACCACUAAAUUAGUGACGGUCAUCAUAGUUGCAGCUACUUAUUUUUAUUUUUAUA